UGCUCUCGCACACCAUCCCACGGCCAGCUAGCUCAACCCCCUAGCACGGCCCUCCCGCACGCCACCACCUCAGAAGCGCCCCACGACUGACGCCCAUCAUGUCGAGCCGCUUCUUCCGCAAUGCGUCCGACUCCGAGUCGGACGACGAGGAGCUCAUGUCCGAGUCCGGCAGCGAGGACGAGCAGCCCAAGACCAAGGGCGCCAAGGGCUCCGACUCCGAUGCCUCGGACUCGGACGCCAGCGACGACGACGACUCGGACGACGAGAAGCCCAAGGACGGCGCCGCCAAGCCGCGCGCCUCGCGCUUCCUGCGCGGCGGCGGCGACAGCGACAGCGACAGCGAGGAGGAUGUCAAGAAGGUCAUCAAGUCGGCCAAGGACAAGCGCGUCGACGAGAUGAAGGCGGUGAUGAAGAAGAUUGAGAAUGCGCAGCGCAUCGACGACUGGGUGGCCAUCUCCAAGGAGUACGAGGGCCUGAUCCGCAUGACGGAGCGCCAGCGCAACGUCAACGAGCCCAUCCCGGCUGCGUUCAUCCGCUGCCUCGCCGGCCUCGAGGACUUCAUCAACGCCUCGAUCGCCAAGGAGAAGAGCGCGAGCAAGAAGAUGAAGGCGCCCAACGCCAAGGCCAUGAACGGCAUGAAGCAGAAGAUCAAGAAGUCGCUCGCCGAGAACGACGCGCAGGUGCAGGCCUUCCGCAAGGACCCUGAUGCGUUCGAGGCCGAGGCCAACGCGGCCUCUGCGCCGGCGCCCGAGAGUGCUGCCGUCAUUGCGGCUGGCAAGCGCAAGAAGAAGCUUGCUGCUGCCGACCUCGAGGCGGGCGCUGCCGAGGGCGAGGGCGACGAUGACUUCCAGACGGUCGGCCGCGGCGGCCGCGCCAUGGCGUUCACCAGCGAGGGCCUCUUCAAGCACCUUGCUGCCGUCAUGGAGGCGCGCGGUCGCAAGAGCACGGACCGCAACGAGCAGGUGCUCAUCCUGAGCAAGCUGCUCGGCGUGGCCGAGUCGACGUACCAGAAGAUCCGCGUGCUGCUUGCCCUGAUCGCCGCGCGUUUCGACUACAACGCCUCGACGGCGGCCUACAUGCCGCCGGAGAUGUGGAACGCGGCGCGCAAGGAGGUCGACCAGCUGCUCGAGAUCCUCGCGCAGGACCGCACCUACUCGGUCGAGGAGGAGACGGACGACUACGACGACUCGAUCGAUCGUCUGCCGAACCAGGAUGGCGAGGGCCCGGUCGUUGCCGUGCGCGGCAGCGUCAUCAGCUUCAUCGACCGCCUCGACGACGAGUUCACCAAGAGCCUGCAGAACAUCGACCCGCACACGACCGACUACGUCGACCGCCUCGUCGACGAGAAGACGCUGUACCAGACCAUCGUCCGCGCGCAGUGCUACUUCGAGACGAUCAACCAGGCCGACUCGCUGAGCCGCGUCGUGAUGCGCCGCCUCGAGCACGUGUACUCGAAGCAGGAUGUCAUCGUGCACGCCCUCGAGGCGUCGCGCGUCAAGGCGCAGGCGGACCUCAAGUCGCAGCUGGCGCCGAGCAACGAGGCCAUCGCCGAGGCGCGCGGCCCGACGGCGCUCGUGCGUGCGCUCGCCGUGCACCUGUACAAGAUGCCCGGCCUGGCCGCCGAGCGGCUGCGCACGCGUGCCAUGCUGUGCCACACCUACCACCACGCCCUGCACCGCGACUACCACAUCGCGCGCGACAUGUUCCUCAUGAGCCACCUGCAGGACAACAUCGGCCUCGCCGACGCCGCCACGCAGAUCCUCUACAACCGCGUCGUCGUGCAGCUCGGCAUGUGCGCCUUCCGCCUCGGCCUCAUCCGCGAGUCGCAGAGCGCGCUGCAGGAGAUCUUUGCCACGGGCCGCGUCAAGGAGCUGCUCGCGCAGGGCAUCCAGCGCCAGAACCAGUACUCGACGAUCACGCCCGAGCAGGAGAAGCUCGACCGCCAGCGCCAGCUGCCGUUCCACCUGCACAUCAACCUCGAGCUGCUCGAGUGCAUCUACCUCGUCUCGUCGAUGCUGCUCGAGGUGCCGAACAUGGCCUUCGCCGGCUCGGACCCGGAGCUGCGCAAGAAGAUCAUUUCGCGUCCCUUCCGCCGCAUGCUCGACUACACGGACCGCCAGGUCUUCUCGGGCCCGCCGGAGAGCACGCGCGACCACGUCAUGCAGGCGUCCAAGGCGCUGCAGAACGGCGACUGGCAGGGCUGCACGGAGCUCGUGGCCGAGAUCAAGAUCUGGUCGCUGCUGCCCGGCGCCGACGACGUCAAGCAGAUGCUGGCGCGCCGCAUCCAGGAGGAGGGCCUGCGCACCUACCUCUUCUCCUACUCGUCGUACUACAGCACCGUCAGCCUGGCGCACCUCGCCGCCACCUUUGAGCUCACCGAGCGGUCGGUGCGCGGCAUCGUCAGCAAGAUGAUCUGGAACGAGGAGCUGGCCGCAUCGCUCGACCCGCUGAACGGCGUCGUUGUGCUGCACCGCCUCGAGCUCUCCAAGGUGCAGCAGCUGGCGCAGACGCUCGCCGAGCGGAGCGAGACGAUGCUGCUGCAGAACGAGCGGCUCCUCGACACCAAGCUCGGCGAGAAGGUCACGGGCGGCGAGCGCGGCGAGCGUGGCGAGCGCGGCGACGGCCCCGGCGGCCGGAGGGAAGGCCGGCGGGGCGGCGGUGCCGGUGGCCGUGGUCGUGGACGGGGUCGUGGCCGCGCGGUCGGCAACGCUCUGCCCGGCAUGGUCCACUGAGCACGUCCUCCCGCUGCUUCGCUCCUCCACACUCCCAUCCCAGCAUGCCCCGCCUUCCCACUCCCCUCACCGGCAUCGCCCGCUGUACUUUACCUUGCGCAGCCCUUCGGCCUGUGCUCAAAAGACAUCUUCUGGCUCCCUUCUCUCGCAUGCGCUCGCGGUGAAUAUGCCUUGCUGGAGGUGAGGUUACAGAUGCGUGGUAACGAUGAAGGGCCGUGCGUGAAUACGUGAGAG